UUUCGGCUGUCAGGAGCAUUUAUCUCAGUGUGCCAGACCUAAAAACAAAGAAUGGAGUUAUACGGAGAGAAAGCUGGGUGGUCAGCAAAGAUAAAUGUCAUCUUUGCUUCAAAACGGGGUUUAAAGAGAAGGUCUCUACAUGAACGCAUGAACUGCAUGGCCUCUCGGUUCUUCAGCUUCCAGUAGCCUGAACUCACUGGCUUACUGGUUAGAGGGAUGGGAAUGCGUUCAUGAGAGUUCGAGCCCCCCCCCCCCCCCCCGCCUCGAGGAUGGGCUGCUUCAGGCUUCUGCUGGAAUGCGAACAGGUCCGGACCUGACUUCCGCAAAAUACAGGAAGCUGAUCGCUAACCGCUGCCAAGCAGACACAGAACACCGCGGUGUUACGCCUGGGUGCUGUACUUAUAUACUUAACAUAAACCUUGUUAUAUGUGACUUUCAAAUAGCUGAGCAAGAAGAUUCACACCAAAGAUGGAAGACAUCGACGCCAUGUUCUCCGACCUCCUCGGAGAGAUGGAUGCCCUGACCCAGAGUCUCGACGCUGAGGUCCAGCCCCCACAGCCCCCAUCUGCCUCACCUGUAGAGAUGGACUUCUCCCUGGGUUUUACAGACCUCAAAGAAUCCCUGAACGAGCUGGAGGACAAUGACCUGGAUGCGCUGAUGGCGGACCUGGUGGCAGAGAUCAAUGCCGUGGAGGAGAGCGUGGCGCAGGCAAAGAGUGCUGGUGGGGCCCCUAAGCCCCUCCCACCAAAAACGCAAGACCAUGCAGCCCCUCACCUCGCUGUGCAGAACAACCUCGGCCCCAGCAUCCCGGCCUUUGCGCCCUCCCCACAAGUGUCCUCUUUGGAUUUAACCCCCCUACCUCCAGCACUCAAACCACAACUGCCGGAGGAUGCUGAGGCUCAGGCCAAAGCAGACAAAAUAAAACAGGCUCUGGAGAAGCUGAAGGAGGCCAAAGUGAAGAAGCUCGUCACUAAGGUCACCAUGAGCGAUGAAUCUUCCAAGACCUUGAUGGUGGACGAAAGGCAGAUGGUGCGAGAUGUGAUGGACAACCUCUUUGAGAAGACACACUGCAACUGCAGCGUGGACUGGACCCUGAUCGAGACCAACCCCGAGCUAAACACUGAAAGAGGAUUUGAAGACCAUGAACAUUUAGUGGAGACCUUAUCUGCAUGGACAAGAGACAGCGAGAACAAAAUCUAUUUCCUGGAGAAGGCUGAGAAAUAUGCCGUCUUUAAAAACCCACAGAACUUCUACCUCUGGAAGAAAGACAAAAAAGCUCUCCAGGACGUGAAAGACAAAGACAAGGAGUUACUCCUGAAGGAGAAUUUCUGCGGGACCUCCAUCAUUGUACCAGACCUGGAGGGAGUCCUCUAUCUGAAGGAGGACGGGAAGAAAUCGUGGAAGCAACGAUACUUUCUGCUACGGGCGUCCGGAAUUUACUAUGUCCCAAAAGGGAAAACCAAGACUUCCCGUGACCUGGCAUGCUUCGUGCAGUUCGACAACGUCAACAUUUACUAUGGCAAGGAGUACAAGAACAAGUUCAAGGCGCCCACGGACUUCUGCUUUGUCCUCAAGCACCCGCAGAUCCAGAAAGAAUCCCAGUACAUCAAGUACCUUUGCUGUGAUGAUGCAUGGACCAUGACGCUGUGGGUGACCGGCAUUCGCAUUGCUAAGUACGGGGUGAAGCUGUAUGAUAAUUACAAGGCCGCUGUUUUGAAAGCCACAACGUCGUCUCUCUUCGCUAACCGUGCAGCCCCCUCCACCUCCACGUCCUCUGCUGCCCCUGCUGCUAAGACCCCGGCUCAGGCCAACGGACAUGCAGGGCCGCCCCCCCUCGCCACGGCGUUCUCUGAAGCUUGGACCCUGGCUGAGAAUAAGGAUCACAGUGACCUGUCUUCUCUGCCACUGCCACCUCCGGACCCCACUCUACCACCGCCACCACCGCCACCCCCGCCACCCCCACUGGCUCCGCCCAAGAAAGACAAACUUACCAUACAGCCGCAGUGCGGAAAUUUCCCCCCACCGCCACCACCAGCCAUGGACUUUCCGCCCCCGCCUCCAGACCACCUGCUUGAGCUGCCCCCCGACUUCCUGCCACCACCUCCUCCGGCCCCUGGUGAACAGGAAACCCAUACUCACCUACCCCCUCCACCUCCCCCACCCCCACCCCCACCCGCGCCCGCAGUGCUGCCAAAUCCAGCUCCUGCACCAAAGAAGGUGAGCCCUGCUCCCCCACAGAGGAUGGCCCCUGCUGCCACAGCGCCCGACGGUGGAGACUUAAUGUCAGAACUGAUGUUAGCAAUGCAGAAGAAGCGAAAACCCCUAUAAAGGAGGUCAGGAUGUUCAGGGUCUGGAAAAUAUAUUUAUAAAUAUUUUAAUACAACAUGAUAAUUAGCAUGUAUAAUUUUAAAAAAAGGAAAAACUUACAAACGUAUCUUUAUGUAGAAAACUAAAAAAAAAAUGUAACAUUUAAAUCAUACACAGUGCAUUAAAUUACCAUACAUCUGUUAACAUAACUCGGACAGUCACUGAAUAUACAUUUCGAAGACAAGAUUCCAAGUAAAGACACUCAAAGUCAAUCUGCUUUUAUGGAUGUGAACGAUCUAGUACAUCUGUGCCAGGUGAAAAAAACUCACUCCAUCUUGCUGAAGUCAAGUGACCGCUACACAAUCAGUGUCAUCAGUCUAUUGGCCGAAAGGUUCAUCAACAGCCAAUCAGGUCUCUUUGGGAAGAGCAGCUGGCAGUUCAGUUUAUAAUGAACAAUGUGUGCCAUCCAUCCAUCCAUCCAUCCAUCCAUUUUCCAAACUGCUUAUCCUACUGGCUCGCGGGGGGUCCGGAGCCUAUCCUGGAAGCAAUGGGCACGGAACAACCCAGGAUGGGGGGCCAGCCCAUCGCAGACAAUGUGUGCCAGUAAUCCAAAUCUUUAAAUACUUAACAAAGGACUGAAGUCUACUAAAAAUGACCCCCCCCCCCCAAGCCUUACCUCCCAGGCUCAUCGCCAACCAUGAGUAUACAGACCAAAACAAAACAUUUUUCAUGGUCUUUGUUUCAUCACGAUGAGAACCAUAGGCGGUUUUGUCUUCCACUUUCUGAGCGGGCCGCGUAAACCCGCUACACUUGGCCCUCCUGCUGGAACAGUAACACACCCUUCACAAGCUGUAAGUACUCUUUCAGCAGCUGGAGGUGCUGUCCUGAUGUCAUUUUCCGUAACCUGAUGUCACCACUGUUGAUUUUACUGAUGACCCCCUCGACUAUGAUUUCAAGUCGACUCUGCAGCAGAACCAUCCAGACUGACUGCUCUCACUGAUCCAGGCAUUAUUUCCAGUCUGUAGUUGAACAUUAAUAACAGAAAUAUCCAUAUUUGCUGCAUCUUGUCUGGGAAAGAUUAUAAACAAUAGACUGGUGUUAUAACUGUCAAAUACAUAACUGUCCAAUACCAGCCACCCUCUGAUUGCAAGCAUACAGGUUUAGCCCACUGAGCCACACACGGCUUUGGGUAAGAAGGGUGACAUACUGUAGGCAGAGAGCUUCCUACCUGAUCUGGAAACUCAUUUUAGCUAAAUUAGCCUAGCUGGGUCUUAGACAUAUAUAAACAGCAGCCGUAGCGCUCCCGUUUGACCGAUCAUCACGAAAUUUGGAUGGUAUGUCUGGGGUACAGCCCUACAUUAGGGAGUGAAAUUUGGUAAUGAUUGGCUGAAGCAUGUCUGAGAUAUAGCUGUCUGAUUGAAAUGGGCGUGGCACCAGUACAGUAAGGAUGUGCCUGCUGGCCGUACCUUACAAAAAGGUUAGGAUUUAUUGAAUAAUUAUUUAUUAAGACUGUCUCCUGAUUUGAAUGAUACCAGAUUUAUGUAUAUUGGGCGAAAAUCCUAGGAGGUUAACGAAAAUACCUGUUUUCAGACCUAUAUAAAUCAUGGGAAAACGCAAAGAUGGAGAACCAAGUUCUAUAUGUUGUUUGAUUUGGCAUGAUAUAGUGAAUUGGACUAGCAAUGAAUUUCAACUGUAGGCUUGACAGUUCUGGAGAAGUAGGCAGAAAUGCAGAUGUGUCAAAAAGCAGCUUGUCAAAUGGCUGCUUGAUUUUGAUUGGUUGAUGGCAGCCACACUUUUAGGACUUAUGACUGCCAUUGUACUUGUCUGACCUCAGGCUGGGUCCUAGUACGUAUCUGCCAUAUUUCACUUGGAUUGGCCAAGGCAGUCAGGAGAUAUUGCAGAAGGUUGCAGAAAUACAUCCAUCCAUCCAUCCAUUGUGGCUUCAGGAAACAGGGACAGUUUUUGUCCAGAUCAAGUAAGGAAAAAUGAUGGAAUCAUCCAUUUAAAAAAAAAAAUCACAAUUAGUGUCAACAAGAUGACAGGUGAAAAGUGCCAAAGGGUUAGUCCAAGAGCAGGCCAGAGGGCCACCAACGAGCAAAGGGGGCGCCAACCCACAAGACUGCAGGAGAAACAAUGGGGAAACGCAGCGGAUGGGAAUUCAGGGGCCUGAAGAGGGAAGAGGAGGCACCGACUGGACAUCAGACGAAACGUCAGGAGGUGUCUAUGGGACAGCAGGUGAGGAGAACACCGAAAGGACAGCAGGAGAGACACCACUUCCUGAGUAGGUGUGGACAAACCUUUAGUUGCAGGGUCAGUCUCACCUGGGCCAGGUGCAGGCAGAACAGUCUCGCCUAGGUCAGGCGCGUGACUGCAGCUGACGGAGCGGCAACCUCUGGUCGCGGGACUGCAGUGGGCGGAGUGGCAACAGCUUAUAGCCACGGGAUAGCAGCUGGUAGAACUCCAGCAGGUGCUUCCAGAUCCUCUCAACCUUCUGGGGAUCUGAGUCAGGGAAGAGGACUGCCAGCCUGUUCAUAACCUGCCUCAGAAGGAGCCGUCCCUCUAAACUUCUCAGGGCUUGGGACAUGAGCAAUGGCAUCUGCUGGGAAUAUGGAGUCCCAGAGGGGGAGUCAAGGGGGUAGGCUGCUGGGUCGAUUACAGAGCUUGGUAUUCUGCCACAUUCAGGGAGAGAGGACUGACCCAGAUCCGACCGUGCACCCAGGACAAAGGGGUUUUAUUAUGCAAAAUAGAACCAGAAACAAAGCAGAACCACAAGGAAUUAAACUGGUAACUAAGGAUAAAAAUAAAGGUGGAAGGGAACAAGAACCGAAUACAAAAAGUUACGGGGCAGGACCCAUAGAGAGAGGACUCUCACAGGUAGAUACAGGAGUAACUACAUGGAUGAUGACAAUUACACUGACCUACAUGACUAAGCUGGGGAACACAGUGAGACCCAUGGAGCACGAUUAGCAAAAUGUACUGUCUGAAAAAAGGUCGUAGCUCUGGUACAAUUUUGUUCCCCAAGGUACAAACAACGUUAAUGUUCCCUCAAUAGUUCAAAAUUGUUCCUCAGCAUCCAUUUCAGGUCCUUAAAUUAGACGAAGAGAUACAUUAAUAUCUACAACUAGGAUACAAUUCACAGACCCUUGAGGGUACAACCCCAGUAACAAGUAAUUGUACCCUCAAAGGUACAAAUUGGUUAUUUUUUCCAUGACACAUUAUUUUGAUAAUUAGAUUCUUAAGAAAUGGACAGCGACAUCUGCUGGCCAAGGAGAGACUAUACAUUUUCAUUUGGAUUGAGAUCUGGACUGUUUGCUGGCCAUGUGAUUGAAAUUAUAUGCAUUUCCUGAAGAAAAGCUUUAACACUUCAUGCUCUGUGGCAACAUGCAUUAUCAUCCUGAAAAAUGACUGAAUCUUCACACAAAAAAAAUCACUGGAAUGAAGAAAGUAUCCAAAAUGUUUAUGUACAUCUGUGCAUUGAUUGGUAAUGAUUGCCAUCUCCCCUGCUUCUUAAUAUGACAUACAACCCCAUAUCAUAAGUGAUUUGGGAAAUGUACUUGUUUUCUUCAGACUGUCAUCAUAUGUUUCAUGAUGACACCAGACAAAAGUUCCAGCAUCAUCUCCUUGGCCAAUGCAGAUUCGUGAUUCAUCACUGAAUAUCACUUUCAUCCAAUCAUCCACAGUCCAUGACUGCUCCUUUUUAGCCCACUGUAACCUUGUAUGGUAUUAUUUUGGCUUUUCUGUAUGUAAAUCAGCUGAUUUCUUGUUUCAGCCCAUUUGUUUCUCUGUUGUUUUUUGGGCAUUUUCUAUUUUUAAGGCAUAUUGCUUUGAGUUUUCAAUCCUGACACUCUGAUGUCUUCCCUGGCCUAACCAUGUGUUUUUCUUAUAUAAUAUUCCCGUUUUUUAUAACUGCACUAAAUUUUAGACAUAGUUCAUUGGGAACAACCAACAUCUUUUGCCAUACACCAUUUUAGAUUUCCUUCUAGAAGUUUUAUAAUCUUUUGCCUUGUUUCAAAUGACAGCUUUCUUAUUAGGACCAUGUUUCCUUUCAAUUAGUCAAGUCCAACAGCUAAUUAAGGUUUGUAAGUACUCUCUUUUAACUACAGACUAAUUUGUAUUUGCAUUGUUUUAGAAAUGCAAAUUACAAGGUGACUCCAUCAUUUUUUCCUCUACUUGAUCUUGACAAAAAUAUACCUUCCAUAAAAAAUAUUUAUCAUUUUUCUUGUCGAGGUAUGUUCCAUAAAGCCAAAUUUUUCAGUUAAUAAACAAAAACUGUUUUGUG